ACGGGCAGGGCAAGCACUGGCCCCGGCGACCACCCGCACCCCUCCCCCAGUACUCCUGGGGCUCCAAGUCCCUGCCCUUGGCACAUCCCAGCUGGGUCCCGGGGAAGGGAAGCUGUGACCUGACUCUCGGCCCCAGGACCUGGAACGCUGACUCGGCUCCCCAGACCUCGGCAGGAUGGAAGAGAAGCUGAAGAAAACCAAGAUCAUUUUUGUGGUGGGCGGGCCCGGCUCGGGGAAGGGCACCCAGUGUGAGAAGAUUGUCCAGAAGUACGGCUACACCCACCUCUCCACCGGGGACCUCCUGCGGGCCGAGGUCAGCUCGGGCUCGGCCAGAGGCAAGAUGCUGUCGGAAAUCAUGGAGAAGGGACAGCUGGUGCCACUGGAGACAGUACUGGACAUGCUCCGAGAUGCCAUGGUGGCCAAGGUAGAUACUUCCAAAGGCUUCCUGAUCGACGGCUACCCCCGGGAGGUGCAGCAGGGAGAAGAGUUUGAGCGGAGGAUCGGACAGCCCACGCUGCUGCUGUAUGUGGACGCAGGCCCCGAGACCAUGACCAAGCGGCUCCUGAAGCGCGGAGAGACCAGUGGACGUGUGGACGACAAUGAAGAGACCAUCAAGAAGCGUCUGGAGACCUACUACAAGGCCACAGAACCCGUCAUCGCCUUCUAUGAGAAGCGCGGCAUUGUUCGCAAGGUCAAUGCUGAAGGCACCGUGGACGAUGUCUUCUCCCAGGUCUGCACCCACCUGGACGCCCUCAAGUAGCAAUACUGGAGCCCCUUCCCCAGCUCAGAGCCCUGCCCCACCCUCCUCCUGACUCAAAGCCUUCCCGGCCUGAGCGCAGUGCCUCCACCCUGCCCGGCUGGAGCACAGACAGAGGAAGCUACUUUAUCCUGUUUUCAUGGACAGCCGAGCACUAAAGGAAUUUCCAAGGACA